AUGCCGGCCUAUGUGGUAGCCAUGAUGGCAAUCCAUGAUCGAGAAACGUAUAGAAAAUACACCGCACUGUCGCCAUCAAUCGUUAAGCGGUAUGGCGGCAAAUUUCUUACCCGGGGUGAAGAGGUUUGGUCAAUGGAGGGAGAUAUAUAUAAGGAUCGAAUGGUAAUCUUGGAAUUUCCAACGAAAGCAGAUGUGGAAGCAUGCUUCAAAGAGGACGCCGAGUAUCUAGCUGCUGUCCAGUUUCGCCAUUCAGCCUCAAUCGGGCGCAUCCUGGUCCAGGAAGGAGGUACGAAUACUGAAAAUCCUGAUCCAAAUGUCUAA